GGCCUGCCCCUUUAACAGCAGUGCAACCCUAGUGGCGAUUAUCGGACCGUCCGGUUCUCUGGAAACUCUGCGACGCAGCUCUCACUUUAAACGGGGAUCAUGGCGGCUCCGCUCGGGCGGGAUACACUACCUGAUCACUGGUCCUACGGAGUAUGCAGGGAUGGGAGGGUCUUUUUCAUCAACGACAAAACUCACAACACUACUUGGCUUCAUCCCCGCACUGGCGAACCUGUCAACUCCGGACACAUGAUUCGAUCAGAUUUACCGCGGGGAUGGGAAGAAGGUUUCACCGAGGAAGGCGCAAGCUACUUUAUAAACCACAACCAGAGGACGACGACGUUCAGACAUCCUGUGACGGGACAGAUCUCUUCAGAAAACACUGACUUCAUAUUACAGGACCCGAUAUAUUCACGGAUGUCCAAGCCACCACUAGAGCUGAGGCCUCCCAGCAUGGUCAGCGAGUCCUCUGUUGCUGUCUCCUCAUCCCCAGCGGACAACAUCUCAGGAUUCAGAAGUUUAAAAACCAGUGGGAAGGUGCAUUGCUUUGGCAAGCGUGACCAUUCCAUCAAAAGGAACCCUAAUGUCCCAGUGGUGGUGAGAGGAUGGCUCUACAAACAGGACAGCUCGGGCAUGAGACUGUGGAAGCGCAAGUGGUUUGUGUUGUCUGAUUACUGCCUGUUUUAUUAUAAAGACAGUCGAGAAGAAACAGUUCUAGGCAGCAUUCCUCUGCCCAGCUAUGUCAUUUCCCCCGUAGGACCCGAGGACCACAUCAGCCGCAAGUACGCCUUCAAGGCAUGCCACACGGGAAUGCGCUCCUACAUUUACAAUAAGAAUUCUCUGAUUGGCUCGCAGGCUGAGCACUGUGGAAUGAGGACCUACUUCUUCAGCGCUGACACGCAGGAGGACAUGAAAGGCUGGAUCCGGGCCAUGAACCAGGCUGCACUGAUGCAGAGCCAUGGCGUCAAGAGAGAGGCAGAAAGAAGCUCUAAACCUGAGCAGCAUACAGUUCUUCAGACCAACCACUUCAGCGGCAGCAUCAAAAGCUCCUCCCAGGCAGAGGGCCUCCAGAAGGCAGCACAAGGGGAGGUGGCAGAGUUCAGGCUGGAGCAAGAUGGGGAGGAGUGCUAUGUUUACAGCAAGGAAGUCCUGGAGGAUACUGUCAAAUGUGUCUCCCCUGGAGAGAUGGAGUUGGAGGGGCUUUCCCAUCCAUCUCGCUCACCAUCUACUGUGCCCGCUCACAGGAAUGGGCUGCCCUCCUCGGGCAAGCCCGCUGAUCAGAACGGGAACGUAGUGUAUAAGAGGGGUCUUGUCCCCCGCAUAGACACAGAAAAAAAGGUGCAUAGGAAAACAGCACUUGCUCAGGUGGAGCACUGGAUGAAGGUGCAGAAAGGAGAGCCCAAAAGCCAUCCCACAACUGAGUACACCCUGCCUAGACGGACUCCUCCUCUCCAGCCUAAGGCAGCCAUGAUGGAUGCGUACCAGUCGUUGCCAAAGACCACUCGCCAUCACUCUUUAGGCGGUUCCCCCCAAGUUCCCCGCAACCUGCCCAGUGACUACAAGUAUGCCCAUGACCGUCUCAGUCACUUUCGUAUGUCCACUGACGAACGGUUGGCCUCUAAAGAAGGGAUGGUUUGGCAGCUGUACGAGUGGCAACAGCGGCAACAGUUCCGCCACGGAAGCCCCACAGCACCCAUCUACUCCGGGCCUGACUUCAUGGACACGGCAGCCCUUAGGGUCACUCUGGAGAUGCCCCGGUCCAUAUCUGUGCCCCCAUCACCAGGUGACAUACCCCCACACGGACGCCCCUCCAAAUCCCUGUCCCUUCGCAGGCCCCACACUCCUUCUGACAGGGUGACGGUGUGCCCCCUGGAUGAGUUUGCCACCAUGGACACACCCAGCUUGGGUUCUCCCAGAGGAGUGUGUUCCCAGAUCUCAAAGACUUCACAACUAGAGAGGAGAUCCAUGCCAACAAUGGGCUACAUCACACACACAGUCAGUGCACCGAGUCUGCAUGAAAAAACGCUGGAGGAGUUGACCCUGCUGCUCAUCCAGCUCAGGAGACACCAGGCCAAGAUGGCCAGCGUGCACAGCAACACAUUCACACACCUGCAGAACCAGUACAACGGUCUCUCAGGCCCCAGUUUGCAGGCAGAUGACACUUACAUGCUGCUGAAGAAGGAUCUGGAGUAUCUCGACCUGAAGGUAAAUGGACGUGACUCACUUAAAGAUCGAUCAUCUCUGCCUGUUAAAAUAGCUGAAAGUGACAUAGAUGUUAAGCUUAGUAGGUUAUGUGAGCAAGACAUGAUCCUUCAGGAGCUGGAGACAAGGAUUCGGGCACUCAAAGAAGACAAGGACAAGCUGGAGUCAGUUCUGGAUGUUUCCCAUCAGCAGAUGGAGCAGUACAGGGACCAGCCGGCUCAUGCAGAGAAGAUCGCCUACCAGCAGAAACUGUUGCGGGAGGACGUGGUGCACAUCAGGGCGGACAUUUCACAGGUGUCUACGGAGAUGGAAAAUGCUUGGGCAGAGUACAGCCACUUGGAGAAAGAUGUGGACAGACUGCGAUCAACCCUUCAAGACCAGAUGACCCACAGUGCUCUGUCUCGGCAUGAGAAGUGUCAGCUGAGGAAGGAGCUGUGGAGGAUCGAGGAUGUGCUGGCGGGCCUGAGCUCCAGCAAAGCCAACUACAAAGUGACCAUUGACUCUUUGCGGAACCCAGGUGAGAGCAGGCCCCUGCCUGCCAUCACCCCCAUGCACUGGAACACAGAGCGAGAGAGGAAACUCCUGCCUUCAGUGUCAUUGUCCGCAGUGCCUUCUCUCUCUGCGAGCCCUUCAACAGGAGAGCUAAAAUCUGCCCAGCUCAAUCCUCACCUUAGCUCAGUACAGACCACCAUGCAGCUCUCACAAACACUCCACAAGCCAGAAUGGACCGAGGAAGAUGCCCCACCCAGACCCCCCCCUCACCUCUACAGCCCUGAUGAUCACCCCCCUGCUGUGCCCCCUCUUCCCAAAGAAACAUCCGUCAUCCGCCACACAUCAGUACGUGGACUGAAGCGUCAGUCCGAUGAGCGGAAGCGCGAUCGUGAGAUUGGGCAGUACACAAACGGAGAUCAUAAGGUUGAGAUACGGGCAUUCCUCAGUGAGCCUGAGCUGCUGGGAGUUGGUGAACAAAUGGAGGGCUUGAGCUGUGACAGUGGCUACCAAACCCUACCAAACAGAGGUUUGUUAGGCUCAUCGUCAAGACUAAAUCAGUCAACAAAUAUUUCAUCAUUUGUCACCCUCAGAAGAGGAGUCACCACCACAAGCUUGAAGGAGAGACCAAAGAGUGCCUUGGAGCGACUGUACUCUGGGGAGCCCGUGCAGCAGCGUGGCCGCAUGAGUGCAGAAGAGCAGCUGGAGAGGAUGAAGCGUCACCAAAAGGCUCUUGUACGGGAUCGUAAGAGAACGCUCAGUCAAGGCGAGCGGCAGGCCUCUUCAUCUCGCUCCUCUACUUCCGCCUCUAGACCCGUGUCUGCAGACCUGGGAUCAUGGAGGAGAGAGCAGGAGUUUGAUAUGCAGCUGCUGGUGCGGGCAAUACAGGGUGAGGAGAGGCCAGCUGAGCACACUGAGAGACAGCGCUCACACUCAGAUGAGUGGCUCACCCUGAGAAGCAAACCCAGAGAGCUGGACCUAGAACCGCUGGACUACCAGCUGGACCUCAGCAAAGAGCUGUCUAAGCCGCAGAAAGUGGCUAUCCCUGAGCGCUAUGUAGAUCUGGAGCCAGAAGAGCCCCUCAGCCCUCAGGAGAUGGAGGCCCGUCACCGCAAAGUGGAGCGCAUCAAGAGCAUUCUGGCCAAGUCUAGUGUCCAGAAUAUGCCUCCUCCAGUAGCAGUAGAUAAGCCGGUGCUGUCAGACUUAGACUCUGCUCUACAUGAGCAGGAGAGGAUCAUCACCAUGUCUUAUGCCUUAGCAUCAGAGGCCUCACUCAAGAGCAAGCAAGUGGCAGCCUCACCGCAGGUUAACAGUCCCACCUCACUCCCUCAGCCUCCUCCUCCUCCUCCUCCUCUUCUUCUUCCCCCCACUCCUGUUGCCGUCUCUACGGCCCAGACUACUCCCCCUCCCUUGAGCAAUGGAUUACACUACACCUUUGUCUAAUCAGAGCAAAACAAACCAAAGCUGUGUCUGGAUUUUGAGGUGCUGUCAAAUUGUGAAAACUCCACUUGCGGUGGAUGAGCUUACCGAUUCACAUCCCUCACAUUUACAGAGGACAUUAGCGCAAUUUUGGACUGACAUUGGAACUCACUUCUGAAAUGUAUUUUUGUAGCACUGUUAUGAGGUACUUAUUUGAUAUGGACAUUUUGCUGUGGAAACUGCUGUGCAUAUACUACAAAAUCUAACCAUGAUAACCCAGAUAUAGAGCCAUUUUAUAUACAUCAUUGCACUUUAAAUAUGCACAAUGUUGUAGAUAGCAUUUAAAGGUCAUAUUUUACUUCUCAAGACAAGAUGGUUGUGGGAGGAACAAUGGCAACAUAAUGACAAAAGUACAAGUUUUACGCGUACAUGUGUUGUACGAUAUUCUGAACAUGAAGGGUACAAAAAUGUCCAAUGUCGAUUGUAUUGUUGUCAAUUCAGAUGAUAUUCUUACACCAAAUCACUUAAAAUAUUAUUUUUAUGUAUCAAGCACUGCCAGAUUCCAGUUAGCUUGCCAAAUACAUUUUAUUUUUGUUGACAAUGUUAGGGAGAAAAUAACAUGAAAUAAUAUUUUCAGACAGGAUUU